AUGGCACCAAGUGAAACUAUUCAGCCUGUUGGGAUUGUCCAGAUACUCCUUCAUUUUGAAUGGACAUGGAUUGGCAUCAUUGUUUCAGAUGAUGAAGAUGGAGAAGACUUUGUGCAGAUUUUAACACCUCUGCUUGCCCAGAAUAGCAUUUGUGUUGCCUUAUUGCUGAAGAUAGAAAGAGCAUCACAAGACCGUGAUGAGGCCUUCAAUACACAAAUGCCAAAGAUUGAUGCAGCACUUCAGUCUGAAGUCAAUGUGUUUAUUGUCAGUGGAAAUUAUUAUUCUCUGUGGGACUUAAAACUCAGAGUACACGUUUGUGACCUUUUCAAAAUAAUUGAUAUUAGGAAGGUUUGGAUUAUAACAGCUCGGUGGGAUUUCACUCAGGAGAUAGAUUUAUCCUCUGGUUUUGAAAGGGCUUUCAGUGGCACCCUGUAUUUCUCAGUACAGAAACAUCCUGUUCCCAGAUUCCAUAAUUUUAUCAAGAACUUAAAUUCGGAUGAAUCACUCAUGCACUUUCUAUGUUUGUUCUGGCAAUAUGCUUUUGACUGUUCGAUUCCUAGUGAAGGGUUUACACGUUGUCAAAUGUGUGAAAGAUGUACAGGAAAGGAGAAACUGGAAACAUUGACUGCAUCUAGGUUUGAGAUGGAUAUGACUGUUGAGAGUUAUGUUAUCUACAAUGCUCUCCAUGCAAUAGCUCAUGCUUUACAUGCCAUUGAUGUUCCAAGCCAAAAACUAAUGCUGGCUAAUAAAGGCAAAUUCAAACCCUUGAAUAUUCAGCCAUGGCAGGUCCAUUCUUCACUGAAAAAUAUUCAUUUUAACAAUGGUGCUGGGCAUGAAGUCCUGAUAGAAAAUGGAGAAGUUUCAGCUGGCUAUGAUAUCAUCAACUGGGUUGUUUACCGCAAUCGAACUGGUCUCAAACUCCAGGUUGGAAAAAUUUCAGCAAAUCAUAGUUUCACUAUCAGAGGGAAUAUGAUUGUGUGGAAUAACAAAUUCAAACAGACACCACCUCAAGCAAUGUGUGUUGACAGUUGCCUCCUUGGAUAUAGAAAGAUGGUGCAGGAAGGGAAACAAGUUUGCUGUCAUGACUGUGUCCCAUGUCCAGAAGACAUGAUAUCUAAAGAAACAAAUGCAAUUGAUUGUGCCAAGUGCCCAGAAGAGCAAUAUCCAAAUGCGGACAAAAAUGAAUGCAUAAACAAAGUUAGAAUUUUCCUAUCCUAUGAGGAGCCUUUGGGGAUUAUUUUAGUUUCUCUUGCUGUUUCCUUUGCUGUAGUGACUGGUAUAGUGAUAUACACAUUUGUGAAGAACUGGAAUACCCCCAUUGUCAAAGCCAACAACCAGAACAUUACCAUCACUCUUCUCAUCUCCAUCCUGCUUUGCUUCCUUUCUUGCUUGCUCUUCAUUGGCAAUCCUGAGAAGGUGACUUGCCUUCUACGGCAAACAGCCUUUGGCAUUGUGUUCUCAGUUGCAGUUUCUUCUGUGCUGGCAAAGACCAUCAUUGUGAUCCUGGCCUUUCUGGCCACAAAGCCAGGCAACACAAUGAGGAAAUGGCUAGGGCAGAAGGUGGCAAAUGCUGUUGUUCUCUCCUGCUCCCUCAUCCAAGUAGGCAUUUGUACUGCUUGGCUGUCAGUCUCUCCUCCAUUCCCAGAUCAUGACACGCACUCUCUGUCUGGACACAUCAUCGUUGAAUGCAAUGAAGGUUCAAUCACCAUGUUCUACAGUGUCCUUGGCUACCUGGGCUUUUUGGCCAUCAUCAGCUUCACUGUCGCUUUCCUCGCCAGAAAGCUGCCUGACUCUUUCAAUGAAGCCAAGUUCAUCACGUUCAGCAUGUUGGUGUUUUGCAGUGUCUGGGUCUCCUUUAUUCCAGGUUAUCUGAGCACGAAAGGGAAAUACAUAGUGGCAGUGGAGGUGUUUGCCAUCUUGGCUUCCAGCACUGGCCUCUUGGCUUGCAUUUUCUUCCCCAAAUGCUAUAUCAUUGUUCUAAGACCUGAUCUAAACAGCAGGAAGCAACUAACGGGAAAAGGGAAUUGA